AGGUGGGGCCCACUAGCACCUCUCUCGAGUCUUGAGUAACGCCCCACCUCCUCCCCACUGAUGAGAGAGGAGAAAUUUGAAAUCGGGAGGAAGCCCGCCGACAACCCCAAAUCCCCGUUGCUCCUGCUCGUCUUGUCGGCAGGCCGCCAAUCACUCACUCCUAUCCUAUCCGCCGAUGGCCGCGGCCGCCGCCGAGGAUGAGAAGGGGCUCCUGUCGUCGGUAGUGGGCGACAUCCGGUGCUACUCCGGCUCCGACCCCCUCCGCCCGUGGCUCCGGGGGAUGCGGAGGAUGGAGAGGGCGCUGCCGCCAGCGACGCUGCGGGAGAAGCUGCCCAGGUUCCUCCAGAAGUGCGCCCAGGAGUUCCAGGACAACUCCCGCUACCGCGACGACCCGCGGUACCUCCGCGUCUGGAUCCAGCUGAUGGACUACGUGACGGACGCAAAGCCAUUGCUCAAGACGAUGGAGAGGAAUGGAAUAGGCCUCAAAAGGGCUUCGUUCUAUAUGGCAUAUGCACUGUAUUAUGAGAAGCACAGGAGAUUCAAUGAUGCAGAGAAGAUGUACCGUUUGGGAAUCCAGAACCUUGCAGAGCCUAUUGGGGAGUUGCACAAAGCACAUGAACAGUUUCGUUUCCGCAUGGAUUCAUACAAGAAGAAAGAUAAACUGCAGGAAAGAAUGCCUAGGAAAGUGGGGUCUAGUGCUACAUCUAUGAACCAAGUCAAAGGUGAAAGCAGACACUAUAAAGAACUGAAAUCCAAUAUAAAGCAAACAUCAGAAAGCAGUUCUAAUCCUUCAUUAGGGCCAACUAAAGUUGGUGUUCUCUCCAGAGGAAACUCAGGAGCAAACAAUAAUUUGCCCCGUUGUAAUAGUGAUGAUACUGUCGUUGUACGGUUUAUAGGCUCUGCUUUGGUUGGGAAGUCAGAGACUGAAGAUGCCUGUCACCACGGCCUAGUUGAGCCAACUAUAAACACUAAAGAGGCUUUGGAUGCCAUUAAUAGCAUGUUUAUGGAGCCACUGGAACCUGAAACUGUUCUCAAGAGACAAUCAAAGCGUGAGAACCCAAAUCAUAAUCAGCAAACAAGGGCAUUUGGUAUCUUUGUUGAUGAAGAUGAACCUAGUGGCAAUAAUACUAGCAUGCUCCAGAACAACAGUAUGAAGCAAGGCCAUACAAAAUUGAGUCAGCAAACAAGUGGAUUUGAGAUCUUUGUUGAUGAGGAUGUUCCUAAUGGCAGCUACCAAAAUGGAACGCAAAACAGGAACUCUUCAAAGGAACAGAGUGGGUUUGAGAUCUUUGUUGAUGAGGAUUGCGCUAAUGGCAACAAUCAAAAUGCGGGGCAAAACAGGAAUUGUAGGAAAGAAAACACGAAGUUAAAUCAGGAAAGAAAUAAGUCUGAACUCUUUGUUAAAGAAGAUGAGGCUAAUGACACUGUCCAGAAUGCUCUAUGCCACAAGAGUAAUAGGUAUCCUCCAAGGCCAUUAUUAUCUGAUUCAUCUAGGCAUCAAGGCGAAAGUGACUUCCAGAAGCCAUUUGUUGGAGGGUUUGCGAUAUUGCCAGAUGAUGAAGAACCAUGUGAGAAAAGUUAUGGUGGUGCUAAUAUAAAUUGCAGAACUGUGCAGCCUACUCAUAAUACUAAUAAUUUGCUCUGUCCAGUUCAAGAUGAUUCAGGAACAAGGAAUCGUGAAGGUCCUCAUUCUGUGACUUCUGGACUUCAAGAAGACACUGUCAUUCGUAGGUUUGUUGCAUCCUCUAUUGAUGAUGAGCCCAAGGUGGAAAAUGCAUGGCACCAUGGGUUAGUCGACCCAACUGUUAAUCUAAAGGAAGCAAUGGAUGAUAUAAACAGCAUGUUUGGAAAACCACUAAACUUCAAGGGCGAAAAAACAAAGAGGAAAACUAAUGCACACUCAGAUGGAAAAGCAGCUCCGAUUUCUGGUUUCUCUAUAUUAGCUGAUGAUGACCUAAAAGAGGGCUGCACCAGUAAAGCGAGUCAGAGCAAUUCUUUCAAAUUUGGGGAUGAGAAUGGUCUAUUUGAACCCACAAUCACCACUCGUGAUGUCAUGGCAGAGAUCAACGAUAUGUUUGGAAUGCCACUGGAUUUGUAAGAUGCAUGUGUAGAGUGAACUGAAUAAUUCAACUGCUAGUUGGACAACUGGCUUUACCUUUCCACUCUCUCCUUGAGAAAUAUGCAGUGUCUUGCUGACGUGAAGAGCUUGGAAUCAGUUCUCUUAUUUGGUGUAUAAGUGCAGAAUGUUAGGAUUCUCAGGUCGUCACACUUCUUGUGGAGUUGCACCUGCCACUGAAUAAUUUAUCUUCUCAAGUGAAGGGAAGGGGGAGUAGUCUGUCAGAGGCCACCAGGUGAUUGCUGUAGUGUUGUCACAUAACGCUGAUCUAGUGAUGUUGGCUCAAGACUCAAUUUUUUAGCCAGAAAAAAACUGAGACUUGUGUGUUUUAUGGAAAUUGUAGCAAGCACAGGUGCACUUGUUGCUCUGUUCAUCUUGUAUCCAUAGUUGUGCUCAUCAAAAACCCAUUGUCUGAUGCCCCUAUCAAAUUAUGAAAUGUAAUGGAAUAAUAGAAAGGAGUAAGUGAAAGAACGAAAGAACUUGUGUUUUGCUUUGA